AUGGAUCAUCCUCGGCCCAAGGGGACCCAGACGAACUUUGCUUAUCCCAACUACAAGCAUCCUGAGCCGAUCUACGAAUAUUCUCAACCGUCGCAAUAUCAACAAUACCAGCAACACCAAGACUUCCCUCCUCACCCUUCGGUUAGACCUGCGCCCAAUGUCAAGCUCAAUGCUAGGCAGGUUCCAGCCGGUGUCGGUGUGGCGCCGCCGCCAGUCAGAUAUGGCGGCCAGCAACGUCAACAGCAGAGGCCUGCGGCGAGUGGCAUGCUAAUCCAAGACUUCAUAUUCCCCACGGCGCCUCCUAUUCCUGCAUCUCGGUCGAGCAGAGCCAAGCAAGAACCCUGGCAAUCUCCUGGUCGCAGAUACAACAUGCACGAUUCGUACAUGUCAUCGGUAGCGGAUGGGUUUCCCAGCGCAGGGACGACCCCCGCAUCGAGAUCGCGAGGUUUCCCAACUCCAAGAGCGUAUUCUGGAUCAGUCUAUGCGGAGAGCGAGGUUCUUGGACCUGAAGAUCGCCUUGGGCCAAGUCCUGAGCACAGUCGACCGAGUUCUCCAGAACAAAGUCCACAGAUUGUGCGUCAGGCAAGUCUUGGGAAGCGAGCGAAACCUGCCAUGACCACCAUCAAGAAUAGUGCCAGUCAUCUAGAGCAGGAGGUACCGGAGAAUCCGUCUGUGCCGAUCCAGACGAGCAGAACCGCGACGAUGAAUGCCAUCAGUGCGGCUGUGGCUGCGGGCAUCAACGGUCGACCUACCGAAAGCAGAUCUGCCACCUCUGGAUCGCGAAGCUACACACCUGUGCGGAUGCCCUUUGAUACUUCCCCUCCAGGUUCGCCUUCUGCAGACACGGAAUUUCUUCAGACCCCAAAGUCUCCUCAGACAAUAGCAUCCACAAACAUGUUGGAGCAACCCCCGGCCUCGGGACAUUCUCGCAAGUCCACCAAUCACCUGCUUGGACUGGGCAUCGAACAACAAUCAAUGAGCAGCAAGAUUCCUCCUGGCCGACGGCCUCCCAGGCUGGACAUGGAUGCGGUAAAAGAAUCUGAAAACCGGGGGAGUACGACAAGCCUGGCGGAUCUGAUCAAACGAGCGACGCGACUGGCUGCAAACUUGGACAGAGGCAAGACAGCCAGUCGGUUGGGCAUGUUGGACAUGUUCGGCAGUAGUGACAGGCUGGAUGCUACCAACCGGCAUUCCACCAUGUCGGAUAUGAUUUCAGCUUUCCCGGCGCCAGCAAUGGGAGGAACUCCUACAACCCGACGAGACACAGAAUGGCCUCUGGGCGAAAAAGACGGCGCUUAUGCCUCAACCACGGAUUUGUCCAAAUCUCAAGCCACCCACAAGCAGAGACGGAAGUGUUGUGGUCUAACACUGCCCUUAUUUUUCUCUCUGGUUGUCCUUGUCAUCAUUCUGAUUGCCGCUGCUGUACUAGUCCCCGUCUUUCUAAUUCUUGUACCCAAAGAGCACCACAAAGACAGCGGUUGUGCCAGCAGCCACCCCUGUCACAACGGGGGCAGCAGCAUCUUGAAUGGCAACACCUGCCUUUGCAUCUGCUCGAAUGGCUUCACCGGUAGUCAGUGUGACGAUCCUGGAAGCACCGACGACUGCGUGAUCAAGACCAUGCAAGACGGAUCGAUCGAAUACAAGAAUGCAACUCUUGGUCAAUCCAUAUUACCUCCUCUUUCUGAUGGCCAGACUCGGUUCGACAUACCUUUGAACGUGUCCACGAUUCUUUCGGUCUUUUCCUCCAACAAUCUCUCAUGCACGAGUGAGAACUCUCUGGUCGACUUCAACACCAGCGCUGUUGGUGAAGGAACGAAAACGAGACGGUUUAUCAUCGUGCCUGGUCUGGAACCUCUCCCGAAUGACCGAGUUGCGGUGCUUCCUGAAAUGUCCUUUGCUCCCGAAGUCACCAUGCCUGCUCGAGUUCAUGAAGAGAUGCGCAUGGAGAGGAGACAGGGCAGCGUAACAGUCGGCACAUCCAACGGAAUUGUCUUUCAAGCCACGUCCUCAAGUGCGGUUCCUGGACCAAGUGCCAGCACAUCGAGCGCCGCAGGCGUCGCAGUUGUGACCAGCGUGACUGGGGCAGCAGGCUCGGGCCCUUCGCCGACCGAGUCAAGCGCAGGCCCAGGGUCCACUGGCGCAGCUGGAGACAGCAGUGGUUCUGAUGCAGGCUUGCCAACGACUGCGAGUGGCAAAGAGCUUGACUUUGCCAGAGUUGUGGUUCUGUAUGUCCUGCAGCAAUCCCGCACCAUCAGCGUGGCUAUCGACGCGCAGCAACGAAUGGAAGCGUUUUUCGCCUCCCAGACGAAUGGCAGUUCCAACUCCACAGUCGACGUUGGCUCCGGCAAUCUUCACCUUAUUGCGGACUUUGAAGCAUUCAGCAUCACCAACGGUAAUGGCCAGGUUGUGGGCGGCACAUCAGAUUAA